AUGCAGUCACAACCCUGUACCAGCAGAACCCUAGAUAGAGCGGAUAGCAUAUUUAAUAUAUGGCUCCCUGGUAUUAAAGACAACAAUAUUCAAGAACAACCAGAUGCUGAGCAAUCCGCUUCAAAUUCAAAUACCCAAUUUGAUAUAGUAAACGAAAUACAGAGAAAUACAAGAAAAAAUGAAACCCCGCAAAAGAAAGAAAAGGAGCCCAAGCAAAAAAAUAAAUAUGUAUAUCAAAAAAGACCUGGAACAUCAGGUAUCUGUGGACAAUUAUACGAAACUAAACUAUUGACUCUUAUUUUACUAAGAGCUUUGAACAAUAAUGAUAUUAUAGAAUUUCUUCUCGGAACUAACAUUUAUGACUUGGGGGCAAUGGAUGAUAUAGUUUUAAGAUACAAGAAAAAGUACUCACAAAAAUCAAAGAUCAUAUUCAUACAAGCUAAACAUAGAGAAGAUACAAAUAAAGAGAAGUUAACUCUCGAAGACAUAUUUAAAGCAAAUGGAGAUUUUAGUUUCCAAAAAUAUUUACAAAGCUAUUUAAAAAUACUACAGAUUCUUCAUUCAGGUAAGAACAACCAAAUGUUUCAAAACCAGAACGAUGUUGAAUGUGAUUUCAUAAUAUAUACGCCUAUUACACAAAAUAUACCAACAUCAAAAAUCUUACAAUCUUGCGAUUGCGAUGUUGAAACUCUUAUUAACACUAGCGAAAACGGAAAAGUAUUUAAAUUUAAAUACGAUGAUGAAGACGUUGAAAGGUUGUUAGUUAGUGUACGCAAAUCACGUGUCAUCCUGUUGGCGAAAAGUGUAGCAAAAAACAUUGUACAAGGUAAUUUUAGGAACAUAAUGAAAAUCGAUAUCAUUAAACAAUAUCAUGUUUAUCUAGCGCAAAACGUUUUAUUGAUAGAAGAUAGUGAAACAAUUCAAAAAGUAGGCGAUUUGUGUGUAAGUAACAAAGAAAAUUGUUAUUACAAUGGCAAAUUUAGAGAGUCAUUUUUAACAAGUAGCGAUGAAAAUUUAUUGCUUAUGAAACAGGUGCUAUGUGAGGAAUUGGGUGUAUUAAAAAAUACACAAAUGCCCAUGUCUGACGAAGUAGACAACAAAUUGAAGGACAUUUGCUUUAAAUUACCAGUUGACUUUGGAAAUCGUGUUUUCUGUUUUUACGGAAGUAAUGAAAAACAGCAACGUCGACUGAAUCACAUGUGUUCCAUUUUUACAAAACUCUUUCAAAACAUUUUUAAAGAAGAUAUAAAUUAUAAAUAUGUCAAACUUGAUGAAAGUUCAAUCGGACCUGAUAAAAUUAUUCAAGCGAAAGACUUAGGAGUAUGUUGGUUAGGAGGAUUAGUAGGUAAUUUACUUAUAAAUGAUCAUUUGACUAAAGCACUUAAGUUUAAUUUAAGUGAAGAAAGUCUAUCCGCCGAUAAUAUCAAAAUUUUAAGUCAGCUGAAAGAGCAGCAUGAUCUCAGUAAAUUCAGAUUUGAUAUAAAUAUUUACGAAUUGCCAAAAUUGACAUUGUAUUCUAUUGAACAUGAUAAAAUACUAAUAAGGGACUUCUUGAGCAAGCUUAAGUUUUAUACUAAUCAAGCCAAAGAAGAUGAGGUGGAAAAUGUGAUAAAAAAUGAAAUAAAAUUCUACCAUUUGCAACAGAUAUAUCCAGAUUCUCUCCUACAUAUUAAAUCUGACCUAAUAUAUUUAACGUUUCAUGACAAAGUACAAAGAUGGUGGAAACAACCACACUCUGCUUUUUAUUUGACUGAAAACUGCCAAUUUUACAAACAAGCGGAGCAAUAUGUAUUAAGUAGCCCUCUUAUAAAAGUCAUAAAUUACAUAUAUAGAAAAGAAUUAGAAAAUAUUUUUCUACAAUUUGAUUUCGAAGCCAUCAAAACUUUACAAUUAGAUGAGUUCUUAAAAAGUGACGAAAAAGUUUUGGUAAUUAUUACGGAUGAAACUAAUUUUUCUAGUAUAAAACUAAUACAGUAUUUCGAUUCAAUACAAAAAUCCAACGAUUGCAUAUUCAUAGAUUUAGAUUCUAUGAUUGCCCAGAAAUCUUUAGAAACUCUCAAACACGACAUAAAACUUUCAGCCAGUUCUGUGUUGGUGGUGACUAGUCAAGAGCAAUCAGAUAUUGAUCGUCUUCAUGAUAAAGUAAAACAAAUUAUAGAACUAUUCAAAGGAAAAAUUAUACUAAUAAUGAGCAGUCGUUUAGAAAACGACUUGAAAAUUAUGUUUUAUGAUAAAAAAAUCCAAAAAGAUAAUAAAAACACUUUCAAGAAUCUAUCAAGUGACAUUCGCAAGAUAAUUCAGGACGAACGUAAAGUUACAUUUCAGGGAGUAGAGGUAACUGUUAAUAAAGUGUUUAAUGAUACGAUUCUAGAUAAUUUGAGUCCAGAAUUACUUCGUAAGUUGAUGUGCAAUAAGAAUAUAGAAAUAGGAAAAUCGUUAACUAAUAGUGUAUAUCAUAAAACAGUUGAUUUCUAUGCACACCGUUCUUUGUGUCGGUGCAUAACGCUUAACAUAGAAAAACACAAGGAUGCAUUUUUAUAUUUUAAACAUGAUUUAAAUACAAACUCGACAGCAGUAGAAAGAGACGAUAUAAUAAUAACAACAGAUACGGCAAGUGUAUUCGAUGAGAUAUGUACAAACAAUACUAAAGCCAAUGUACAUUGGUUCCUAAGUAACAAUUACCAUGCACAUAUUGUUUGGAAACAAUCACAUGGCAGUAUUGAGACAAUAAUGAAAUACGUGGAAAAAGGUUCGCACAAAGAUUUUACUUAUGAGGUAAAGACAUUGAAGGACAUACAAGAGAAGGUGGUAAUUGUUAACGCCGGGCCUGGCAUGGGUAAGUCCACAUUAUUGAGCCACUUAGCGAUCAAUACGAAACGAUUACACCCAAAUAUUUGGGUAGUAAACAUAAAUUUGCUCGACCAUAUUAAUCUAUUCAGCGAAUGGAAAGACGCCAAAGUAAAUGUAACUUUAGUAGAAGCCAUCAAAAUUGUAUAUACCUCGACGCUUAAUAUUAAGGAGAACUUAAGUGAAAUAUUUAAAAAGAACGUAUUUGAAUUGAUAACAGUAAGUGGCAAUGAAAUAUGCUUUUCUGAUCAUUAUAAAAAUAUAUAUUUGCCUGGUGUAGAUUUAUCUGAAAUUAUUUUACUUAACCAUUUUUACAAUAAUGAUAGCUUAGCUGUUCUUUUAGAUGGCUUUGACGAAAUCAGUCCUGAUUAUUCAAACGAAGUAAUACAGUUAUUAAUUACGCUCAAAAAUUCCAGGGUAGCGCAUUUGUGGAUUACUUCCAGGCCAUGCAAUAUGCUUAAACAAUUAGAGUUGGCUCUUGGAACAAUGUCUUUUAGUUUAAAUUCAUUGAAAAUAAAUGAACAAAAAAUGAUGUUACAAAAUGUAUGGUCUAAAAUGUUGGGUGACACAGUAGAUUAUACGUCUGUAAGUUAUUUUUAUGACAUAACUAUCAAGACUAAUUAUCAUGAUGAUGCUGGACAAAAGUUCGCAAGUCUGCCCUUGCAUUUGUACAUGAUGGCAAAGGUAUUUGAAAAUUGCUUCAGGGGCUUUCUAAAGAAGAUUAUAAGUUUACGCGAGUUUAGAGAUACUUCAAAUUUAAUUACUCUGUACGAAACGUUCACGAAUAUAAAAUUUUUCGAUAUUAGAUUUGGCGAGAAAAAACUUACUAUGAAUACUAAGGAUCCUGAUGUAAGAAAAAUGAUAGAUAAAGAACGUAAAUUGUUUAUAAAAAAUCAUAAAAUGACAGCUGCAUAUUUACUUCUAGAUAAAAGUAUUUUUCUCUCUGAUAAUGAUAUGACAGAUGUACAGGAAUUUAUUGACAGCGUAAAUGUUAGUGAUGAAAAGUCAGAAAUUAUUGAAUGCAUUAUCAGCAAUAAUCCUAAGUUCGUUCACUUCACUUUUGCUGAAUACUUUGCUGUUGAACACUUUUUUGAUAAAUUAAGAUCCGUUCACGCCACAUCUUCUAUGUGGAAAUAUUUUACAGAACAGUUGCUGAUCAGCGACCGGUUUAUGGGUAUCCGAAGGUUCAUAAACAGUAAAUUACAGAUAGACGCACAUCUUUUGAAAGAUUUACAGCGUACAGAAGUAUAUAACACAGAAUUCCAUAACGUAGUAGCUGAAUUUGACAUUAAUUUACGUGUUGCACUUAACGAAAAAUUAGAUGAAAUUGUAAUUUUUAUACUGAAAUGUGCAAAACCUUUUUUACAUAAACGUAAUAUAUGUGACUUUUUAAAAAUGCUCCGUAGUGACAGAGAGAGAUAUUGUGUCUUUUGUUCAGCCAUCGGACGUGGUACAAGAAUGUUAAUACGCUGUUUAAUAGAUUUGGUCAUAGACAUCGACAAAAAAAAACUUAAGGAACUGGUUCAUUGUCAAUCUACUGGAGAAUGUGUGCCCGUGUUUCUUAAUUUGUCAUUGACGGAUACGAUAACUGGGAUAUCACUUUUAGGAAAUUAUUUUCCCGACCUACUGUUUGAAGUAUUGACCAUGCCGAUUAGAAUACUAACAAAAAGGCCAUCGCUAGCUCACUCGUUGGGUACAAACGGACAUCAACUCAGAUAUAUUUACGACUACUUGCAAGAAGAAAGUAACGACCGGCUUCUUCAUAUUUUAAGUGUUACAGACUUACACGGCCAAACACCACUACAUUAUGCGGCUUUAGAGAAUGAUUAUGAUUUUUUCAUGAAAAUGCAUGAAUUGUUAGAGGAAGAAAAAUUUAGAGUCAUUUGUACUACACCCGAUAAAUUAGGUUUUACUCCUAUCUGUAUGUUUUCUUACCAUAAACCAAAUUUUAAUAAGCUUAAAACUUUGUUAGAAAUAGUUUAUCAGGAUCCAGGGAUAGAAGUAAAAGAUUUCGUUUUUACUAAAUUACUCAAACUAUAUCCAAAGGAUAUUUCACUAUUUUCUGAAUUGAACAUUGACGUAUCUGGAUUCUUUAAAACGAAGAGGAUCUUCACUAAUCCUGGCCCCAAACAUCCACCCAAAACACCGAUCGGUCUGCUGGCAACAUAUUUAGGACAUUAA